AUGAUGAUGAGUUCGGUGAACAGACCAGAAACCCUUACUACAAAUUGGCUAAAGAUGUUUCGAGAUUUACAUCCGCCAAGCUUUAAGGGAGACCCAGAAAUGGACCCAAGUGUAGGAGAAUAUUGGAUGGAGCAAACUGAAAAAUUACUGGAACACUUGGAGUGCCCUGAAGACCACUGGGUAAGGUGCGCUACAUUCAUGUUAGAGGAAGAAGCGGCUAUCUGGUGGAAGUCGAUGUCAGGAGUCUUAAGGACUCGAAAUACCAUCCAAGAAAACGAGGAGAGAGAGGUGAAGAAACAAGAGUUUUUGAAGCUGACCCAAUCAGAGGAUAUGUCCGUGGUGCAGUACGAGGCCAAGUUUUCCAAGCUGAUAAAGUAUGUACCUAUGUACACUACAGAUGAAUUUGAGAAGGCCCAGAAGUUCUUCCAAGGACUUAGAAAGGAAGUGAAGCAAGUACUGUACGCGUGGAACAUCCGUACUUUUGAUGAUGCAGUUGAGAAGGCUAUUACUGUUGAGUGA